UUUCAUAUUUUAUUGCGUGACUCAGGCAUUUUGUGUUUUCCCCUAUUUUUCUAAAACAAUUAGGCCUACGUGAAAUCGAUUCAUGAAUGUACAUAGUGUGGGUGUCAAGGCAGAAAGGCAGACGAAUGUUAACGAUUAUGUCAAUGUAGCUUUGACUCCUGAGAGAUAGUGAGAGAGAGAGAGAGAGAGAGAGAGAGAGAGAGAGAGAGAGAGAGAGAGUCGUCGCUCAUAUCUAACCUCGCCUCGCAUCUUCACAUCUGGUUGUGUCUGUCUGAAGUUUCGCUGUUGUUUUCAUUUCUCUCAUCUCAUUCGUUGAUCAGCUGCAUCAUGACCGGUGAAUGGCCGCUGGGAGACGAGAGUUCGCUCAUGUCUCCUUCAGAGGAGGAGAAGUACGAGGAGCUGUGGGAGCGAGUGGAAGGUGUGCGACACAAACUGACCCGCAUUUUAAACCCGGCGAAGCUGACGCCGUACCUGCGGCAAUGCAAGGUGAUCGACGAGCAGGACGAGGACGAGGUGCUGAACUCCAGUCAGUAUCCACUGAGAAUCAGCAGAGCCGGGCGUUUAUUGGAUAUCCUGAGGGGGCGUGGCGAGCGCGGUCUCCAGGCCUUCAUGGAGUCGCUGGAGUUUUACCAUCCGGAGCAGUUCACGCAGCUGACCGGACGACAGCCGACACAGCGCUGCUCCAUCAUGCUGGAUGAGGAGGGUCCUGAGGGUCUGACUCAGUUUCUGCUGCUGGAGGUUCGUAAGCUGCGAGAGCAGUUGCACUGCAGCCGUGUGUGUGAGCGGCGUCUGUCUCAGCGCUGUCGCGUGGCCGAGGACGAGCGCGGCCGAGCUGAACGCAAAGCGCAGGAGCUGCGUCAGGACCGCAUACAACUGGAGAGGUUGAGACAGGACUGGGAGUCUGGCAGUCGUGAGUUGGGUUUGCUGAAGGAGAGACAUCUGGAACAGGCUGUAAAAUACUCGCGAGCACUAGAGGAACAACGCAAAGCUACAGCGCGUGAGAGAGAACUGCUCACAGAGGUGGAGCAGCUCAGGAAGAGAUUACAGGAGGUGGAGAAAGAAGUUCACUAUGGCUCCGCCCCCUCGCUGACUCAUCACACGAGCAGUGGGGUGUGUGACGGCACCCCUGCAGGUCCGGAGAAGACACCACCGCUCCCUGUGAGAAACAGAGAGCUUAACUCUGGAAAUCAGGCUCUGUUGGACAUACUGAAGCAGGACCGGUGGGAGGCGGCGGAGCAGCGGCAGGAGCUGAGCAGCACCAUCGCCCGACUGCAGGGGGAGCUGGAGAGCUCAGAGACUCAGAGAGAGAAAUUGGCGUCUCAGUGUGAGCAGCUGCAGCUGCGAAUCAGGACUCUGCAGCUGGACUGGGAGACGGAGCAGAGCAGGAGUGUGUCCUACUUCAACCAGAUCAUGGAGCUGGAGAGAGAGAGAGACCAGGCGCUGCGCAGUCGUGACAGUCUGCAGCUGGAGUUCACCGACUGCCUCUUGGACAAGAACCGUCUGCGCAAACGUAUUGCGGAGCUGCAGAGCAGCCUGGAGCAGCUGCAGAGAGAGAUGGAGAGAAACCGAGAGCGGAGAGAGCAGAGCAACACCUGCAUGCACUGCUCUCACCUGUCGUUGUUCAGUGAGGAUCAGUGUUUCGGCCCAUGUUGUUCAGUUGAUUUGAGUCCCAGUCCAUUCACAUUCAGAGCUCAGCUGAAGUCAACCUCUCGAGCUCAGAUCUGUGAGCAGUCUGAAGACUCCUGCUGCUCUAAUUCAGAGGAGAAUCUGCUCACGCCGGAGUGUAACACUGAGAAGGACAUCAACAGACUCUCCACAUUUCCCUUUCCUCCCUGUAUGAACUCCAUCAACCGCAGAGCAAACGUAGAGUUUGAUCUGAAAUCUUGGGGGAGUGACGAGAACGAGCCGCAUACAGAGGACUCAGACUCGUGUCUGUUGAGUUCAUGGAGCUCUCUGCCAUCUCAGCUCUUUCCUCCUGACUUGAUCAAUGUGACUCCAACUCUCCCGAUCAAACCUUCAUCAUCCUCCCCACGAUUGUCUCUGGCGCUCUCCUCCUCAUCCAAAAGUGUCAGUCUGGCCGACGACAUCACUAUCAUUGGAGGAAACCGGACGGGUGUGUUUGUGCAGACGGUCAGGGCGGGUUCACCUGCACAGAUCUGCGGCCUGAGGGAGGGCAGUGAACUACUGGAGUUGAAUCAGGGGUUGUUCGGCGAGGGUCGUGUUCGUCUCAAUCAGUGUACGGCUGAAGUGGCUCAUUUCUCAGUGCAGUGGUGGACCGAACCAAACGCGCUCAAACACACACACAAUCCCGAUGGUUAUUCUCGUUUACUGGCUGAGCUCUCGUCUCCGUCUUUCACGGGCGCCGACUCGUUCUACGUGCGCGUGAACCUUGACCUCUGUCACCAUAGUGACCCGCCGUGUCUCAGGGUUUGCUGUGAUGAUGUGCUGCACGUCACCGACACGCGUUACAAUGGUAAAUAUCAGUGGCGCUGCGUUCGCGUGGACAAACACACGGGGGCGCCGCUGCAGGCCGGAGCCGUGCCCAACUACAACAGGGCUCAGCAGCUGCUGUUGGUUAGACUUCGAACGAUGGCGCUGGAACAGAAUCAGUCCAGGAGGAAGUUCUUUAAGAAAACCUCUGAGCGCCUUCGGCUCAUUAAAGCGGUCGCGGCGAACUAUCGCAAGAUUGGCUCGUCCAGUCCGCUGCUCUACACACUCAGUAACCGUCAUGAGGAACAGCUGAUCCCAUUCAGUCUAGUUCAGAUGGUUGGGGUCUUCAGCAAACGUCCGGUGGUUUUCUCCCCGUCUAUUCUGUCCCGCGGGAUCAUCGAGCGGCUGCUGCAGCCGGCACAAUCCGGUCUGGACUUCAACACCUGCCAUCCAGAGCCAGUGGAAAGUUGUAUGCGUCAGGAUAAGAGUGUGUUCCUCAUAGACUCCACAGAUCAACCACUGGGAAUCAAACUACAGAGUAUUCAAGAGGUCAUUAACCAGGACAAACACUGUCUGCUUCAGCUGGGCUUGAAUCAUGUGGAGAAUCUCCUGAGGCACAGCAUCUAUCCCAUCAUCAUCUACAUCAAACCCAAAGACAAGAAGGGACGCAAGUUCAGGAAGCUGUUAUCGGGCCACAGAGAGGAGGACCUGAUGGAGGCCUGUCAGAUGGAGGAGCUGCAGCUGGAGACUCUCCCUGUGAUGUUCAGCACGGUGGAGCCGAACGCAUGGAGCAGCACGGAUGAGCUUCUGGCUGUCAUACGCAGCAGCAUCCUGAGCCAGCAGAGCGCCAUGGUGUGGCUGGAGCAGGAGCGACUCCAGUAGAGAUGCAUCCUAACAUAUUUCACACUGUUAUUAUGGGACAGAUGGUUAAUGACCUGUCAUUUAGUGGUUAUGUCUCAUAUAAUCCACUAACUUGAAUAUAUAUAUAUUAGUGGUGUAAAAAUUAGCGUGUUAACGCAGACGAUUAAAUUUUUUUCAGUUUAACAUCUUAAAAAUAUUUAAUGCAAUUAAUGCAGGGGCGGGGCUAGGUUUGGCCACUUCACUCACAACUGCUGCUUCUGUCACUUUUUCUCUUGACAUGAAGUGCUUUUAUUCAUGUAAUUUUAUUAUUUAGAACAGGAGACUAUUCAGACACACGCUCCAUUUCACUUCAGUGCCAGGCGUGAAUCAAAAGAGUGCGAGCCGAAAUGGUACUGUGUUCGCAGCGCGUGCUCUUCAGUUGUACACACAAAGGUGCUGGCGUGCGUUGUAGCCUGUAUUCUUUCAUAUCAAAGUGCAAAAUAAACUACGUGCAUGCAAUCUCAUAGUCAGUUAAGUCAUGAAGUUACCAAAAAGGCGAUUGAAUAAACACGAGCACGACUGCAUGUUGAAAAAUUAAAAAAGAGGCGCGGGUGUUUUUAUAUCACUGUAUUUCUGAAGGAAGAUUAUCUUUAAUUAGUCUGUUAAAUAUUUGAUAUCAUUUUCAUUUCAUCUUGCGUUUGUGAGCUCAGCGCUGCUUCGUGUACAGCAGUUACUGGGGAAACCUCGGUUUCUCCCGCUUUAAAGCUGGCAGAGAAUGAAUUUGCAUCUUCAGAAAGUCUGAUUUACACAGCAAAUAUAUUUUGCUUGUUAUCUAAAAUAAUCUACUUUAGAGGAACUACUUAGCCGUUUGUUAUUGAUUCUAUUUUGAAGUCUACCGGAAGUUAAGUUAGGGCCACAAAAGCGCACAUGCGCAGUAACGUUUAUGUAUGUUGUUGCCAUUGAAACCAUCUAUAGAGAAGUCAGUAUUGGUAUCUUUGAUACUGGCCUUUAGUCAUAAAAAAGAUGCCAUUAAACAUAUAUAUAAAUAUACUGUCUUUAUGUUGUUUGUACAUUAAUGUGAAGAUUGAAUGUGAAAUUAUUGCAAUAUAAAAGUAUAAAAAAAAGCAGAAAAAUAUGAUUAGUUUUUUUUUUUUUUAUCGAUUAACAGCACACAUACAUAACACUACAUACAUACAUAGAUGCUGGAGAUUGGGUUUUCUAAAGUUUUAUGUACAUGUUUUAUAUAAUCUUUUUACUAUGCACUUCGUUGAAGUAGUUAAACUUUAGAAAUCAAUGGACUGUACUGUACAUUUUUUUUUUAGCUGUAUCUGUGAAGUCAUCUGUAUUUAUUAUGAUCUCCAACCAGGAGAACUGCAUGACUACAUUCAUACGGUGUUUGGGAUCAACUACCAUCAGGUGUUGUUAAGAUAUGAAAUACUUCUGAUAUUGAUCAAAUCUGUGAUCCAUCUGUUAAGUGUUUUUUUUUUUUUAAUGCUUGUGUUUCUCUCAAUCAAUUUAGUCAUUCCUGGGACCCAUAACUGUAAAGUGUAACUGUUUGUGAUGACUGUAAAGCAGCUCAUGUUCAGAUGUUCUCACAGAUAUCACAGUCAUUUCCAGCGUCAACCAGCUCCACUCGUGGAACCUAUGCAUUGGGUGAUAGGACAUGACCAUCUUUUAGAUUAACACUUUCAUCUGAAGGAGCUUCAGGCAUCUUAGGAUUUUACAUGUCAUCUUAAAACACAUACAAACUAGGGGCAUAUCUGCUGUGAAGCCUGACCCACGAGAGGCAUGUUAUUACUUUUGCUCCUUUGCAUCUCUUGUUUUAAACAAGUUCUCUUUAAAACAACCAAAUACCACUGUUUACAGACUCAUUCAUAUUUAAUAUUGGUACUUGAUGUGUAAAUUGCAUUUUAACAUUAUACUUUCAAUAAAACAUUUGCAAUUGAUUGUAAAAUGCAUUUUCAUGCAUUUGGCCUGAGUUUUGUUGUACUUGUAAAGUUUUAACCAGCAGACGUCAGCAGCUUGACGCAUUAGUG